GUCGGGUUUAAUUAUGUAUUGAAUUUCAAAUAUUACGAAACAAGUUGUUUCUCCCAAUUCCCUUCGCCGCUACCCACUUCUGCUGCAUUCUGAGUGUGCUUUUCUCUUAAAGGUCUGCUUGCGGCUUACUAGUUGAUGAAUAUUGCUUCCGAAACAAUGGGGAGCACAUUUAAUACACAAAUUUUGGUGGAUAAGCUGGAAAUGCUCAAUAGUUCACAGCAAAGCAUUGAAACUUUAUCACAUUGGUGUAUUUUUCACAUGACCAAAGCAAAACAAGUUGUGGAAACUUGGGCCCAGCAAUUCCAUUGCUCACCACGUGAACAGAGAUUGUCAUUUCUUUACCUUGCAAAUGACAUCCUUCAGAAUAGUCGGAGAAAGGGUGCAGAAUUUGUUGCUGAAUUUUGGAAGGUUCUUCCAGAUGCUCUUCGUGAUGUUAUUGAAAAUGGAAAUGAGGUUGGAAGAAACGCUGCUUUGCGGCUGAUCAGUAUCUGGGACGAGAGAAAAGUCUUUGGUUCUCGAGGGCAGAUUCUGAAGGAAGAGUUUGCUGGAAAGAAUGUUGGGAAUGGAAAGCAUAGUGGAGGCAAAGUGAGAAACUCAGCUGGAGAUGCCCUUGACAAAAUAGUUUCAAGCUAUCAGAUAUUGUAUGGUGGUCAAAUUGAUGAAGAUGCGAUAUUGAGCAGAGCUAAAAAUGCUAUUAGCUGUGUUGAAAAAAUAGAUAAGGAGAUUGGGAGUGAUUUAAAUCCAGGCCAUCUUAAUGGAUCUGGUAUAGUGGAUGAGCUCAAGGGGCAGCACACAAUAUUGAAGGACUGUGUUGAGCAGCUAACAACUGUUGAGUCAUCCAGGGCAAACCUCAUCUCUCAUCUCAGAGAGGUCCUCCAGGAGCAGGAAUAUAAGUUGGAUCAAGUACGCAAUCAUCUUCAGGCUGCUCAGUCCCACGCAGAUCAGGUUGGCAGUAUUUGCGGACAGUUGCUGAAUUUUGAUGGCAAUGGGCAAAUCUUGGUUGAGCAGAAUCGAAAGGAAGCUAACACCUCCCAAGUUCCACACACAUUCAUAUCUGGAAAUCGCGAACAAUCUGCUCCAGUGAUGUACACUCGACAGGUAUCUUAUGAAAAAUCUGGCAACCUUGAUGAAGAUAUGAAGUCUGCAGCUGCUGCAGUGGCAGCAAAGCUCACUGCAUCAACAUCUUCAGCCCAGAUGCUGACUUAUGUCCUCUCAUCCUUGGCGUCCGAGGGUGUCAUAGGCAACUCAACUAAAGAAUCUUCCCAUGAUAAUCAACCGGAGAAAAGGAUGAAGCUUGAAAAUGACUGCUCUUUUUAUGCUCCCCCUCAGAAUCCUCAAGAACCCGUCACAUUUUUCUCUCAGCCAAAUUCAGUGCAACACAAUCUUCCAAGCACUGGGGGGGAAUCAACUCCAAUUGAACCGCCUCCUCUACCAUCAUCGCCUCCACCAUUGGCACCCUUGCCUCCUAUGCAGCCAUAUCCAGUACCUCAGUUCAUUCAGACAUCUGGGCAGUUGCCUAGUUCAGCAUUUGUUUACGCAACAAGCCAGCAACCUUCAACAUUGGCUGGUUUUGUCUCUCCUGUGAAUGGGAUUUCUCCUUUCACAUCUUCAAUUGCUUAUCAAGGUUAUUCAAGUGAUAGUAGUUUAUAUAGCCAGUCAAUGGCACCGGUUACGCGUCAGUAGGAGAGUUGGUGGUGGUUGGGUUGUUAUUUUAGAGCUAUAGAUUCAUACUUAGCUUCUGUCGCUUAACUUUAGGGUUGUUGGGAGCUUUUAUUUAAUUUGUUAACUAGUCUGAUGUACAAGAUUAGGCUGUAACUAUGUAACUUAUAUUGUGAUUUUGUUUCUAGAUUGGAGGUUGUUGGUGUUUAUAUAAAUACUGAUCUAGUAUUGCAAGUGGUGUUUUUGUA